CAUGGCUAUGGACACUGGACAGAGGAGUACAUAGCUUGACGAAUAGACACAACGGCUAGUGCCAUACACUGUGGGAUAACAGGAAAAAUAAACGCCCACAUUUAUCAGCGUGGCCGAACUGACGGUUAACUUCAACAGGAAAAGUGCUCUCGAGCGAGUCGUGCCCGCCUUUCAUCACUACUACUAUCAAAUUAGAUCAGACCUACCGUGACAGCACAAACUUUGUAAUGUCAAAAUCCCAUUUGAACUUCCAGCGCGGAUGGCUGACGAUCGGCCCAGGGGGUGAAGUCCUCUCGAACGAACUCAUCAUCCAUUCCAAUAUCAGCUCUCUCCCGUGAAGUCAUAUACUGCAUAUUCAUAAUAUAUCUCGUCGCUUGCAGACACAGGCCAUGACUUCUACAUCAAUACAAUCCCGAGCUGUAGCCACUAGGAUGAGGCUGAGACCGGUAAUGACCUUGAAGGGUGCCUUGCCCAUCACAUCCAUAUCUUAUUUUCCAGACGGCAAGCAAAUGAUCAGCGGGUCUUUGGACGAGACUGUUCGGAAAUGGGAUCUGCAGGAGGGUAAGGAAAUCGAGGCAGCGCGAAUUAUAUAUGAAGAAGACGUAAACGCGGUGGCGGUAUCAAGGGAUGGUGGAUGGGUUAUAACUGGUGGUGGAGAGUCUGGUCGCGCGGAGCUAAAAGCAUUCAAGGUCGAUACGGGAAUCGUGACAGGAUUUGAAGGUCACUCCGGGCCGAUCACCUGCGUCGAUAGCUCACUGGACAGCACACUACUGGUGAGCGGGUCAUGGGAUGUUACAGCGCUGAUAUGGAACUUGAAAACCGGAAAACUCGUGGCCGGCCCCUUCAGGAGUGUUGAUUGGGUGGGCGCUGUGCGAUUGUCGACAGACUCGAAGAGGCUCGCAGUGAAGUCGUGGACGGGGAAGUGGCUCGAGGUUUGGGAUGUCAAAACAGAGACACUGGCCGUCAGAGUAGGAAAAUAUGAUGGGCCUGCAAGCACAGCCACUCCCGUGUUCUGGACAAACAAAAACAAAAACAUCCUGACUACAGUCAUAAACUCAGACGUCACAAGAAUCAGUGAGUUCGACGCAUCAACGCUUGAGACUGUCGGAGCGUCCUUUGCAGGGCACACCGAGGCUGUCACCGAUCUAGCGCUUUCUUUUGACGGCGUUUUCCUCGCUAGUUCUUCAAGGCGCGACAAUACUAUCAAGCUCUGGGCUUUUGAGUCCCGCCAGCUCCUCGCCUCAUUUGAUGUCCAACAACCAACCUGCAUAAUCUUCUCACCCAAAUCGCGUCAAAUAGCUUACACGACAUCGUCCAAAGGUGAUUAUAAGAUAUAUAUAUGCAACCCUGCAUCCGACGUCCUUGCUAGGAUGGGGCCCGUGCCGGAAGCCCGGCACGCCUUCUCCAAAUCUGACACAACCCGUCGUCGCCACAACCCAGCGACAUUACCUGCCAUAUCUUUCCCCCCUAGAUUACGAGAAUCUCUGCCUGCAACAGAGUCGCAGCAACCCACCUUCCUUCACCAUCUCCGUAGAUUCCUCCGAUUUUCUUCCACCAUGAAUGCAGUACAGCAUGGUCAGCCUCGCGAUCCAUUAGAUUUCCCUGCUACAUUGCCUCUACCACGUACCCGCUCUCUAUCAGCACGGGCCACAACUCAUCCUGAUAAUUUCGAAAUGAGUUCCCAGCCACGCACUUCGAACGGGGUUACGCAGUUCCUGCGGCAUAUUUCCUCUCGUAUUUCAAGACCCAACCAUGGGCCACCAGUCUUGGAAGUUGCGGCUGGGCGGAAGGUCACUCGGCUUGCUGCUGCCAAUUUCCCAGAAUACAGGAAAGUGGACGAUACCCGAUAUCCAUCUCGGCAACCCGAGGCGCCACAGGAUACCGAGUCGUCCGACAUUGAUUCGCUUCCAGAUGUGCACUGGAUGCCUCCUCGAUGGCGCUUGGAGCGUGUCGAUAUACCCCGACAGGAUAGCACGACGACUACAAAUCGUGCUACGGCUCAGGUUGGCGGUUAGCUCAACAUGCAGUUGUCUACUUUCGUUGGAUUCCCCCAAUUGAUGGUUUAAAACUUCCAUACGUAUGCCGAUGCAUACCGAUUUUGCUUGUAGAGUGGCUAUGUUACAUUCACCGGAUAUUUCAGUGUCGCCCUCCGGAUGCGUUGUCUCAUGAAUAUUGUGAAUA